CAAUAAUUGCACAUUACUGUACAGUAUUUUACUCAUCGGUGGACUCGGGGAAGAAUUUAUCGACAACGCCCUGCAUCCGUUCAAACGUUCCGUAGCCUUAGUAGUGGCGGUUGUCUUAGUCGACGGCAAAAGCACGUCAUGUUCUUCAGCAGGCUUUUCAACAAACGUUCGGGGGACACUCUGAAAGUCGAUGUUCCGAAGCAUGACGAGAGAACCGCUCGUGAUAGACGUGGCAUUGGCACCGGCGCGGAAGAUUCGACUGAGCAUUCACGAGGGGAACCUCUAUCAGCAGCCUCGAAAAGAUACAGCAUAACAGACUCGGCCACGGCGAUGGAUGACGUUAAGCGAAUAGACUUCUUAUUGGAGCUACCUUACGAGCUCGCCGUGAACAUAGCUGCACAUGUUCGGGAUCUCAGGUCGGUGAUCAAGAUGGCCCAAGUUUCACGCCGCUGGGCGAAGGUUGUGCAAGAUAACGACGUAUGGAGAGCGACCUAUGCAACAACAUACCCCUUGCCCUCCUCUUUCUUCCCGAAAGCUGCGCCGUCGUCUGUCACAUCUCCGGUAUCACCUAGCUCUCCCUCGUCCCGAUAUCGAAAUUGGAAAAGCUUGUAUCAGCAGCGGCUCAAACUCAACGACAACUGGCGUCAAGGCGUGGUGAAAGUCGACUACCUGAGCGGACAUACAGACGCCGUGUACUGCAUUCAGUUCGAUAGAGAUUUACUACUGUCGGGCUCGCGCGACCGCACCCUCAAGUUCUGGGAUCUCCCAUCCCGCCAGUGUGUCAGAAGUAUGAAUGGUCACUCGGGCUCUGUUUUGUGCCUGCAAUUCGACGAUCGCUACAUCGUCACAGGGUCUUCUGAUCACACCAUUGUCGUGUGGGAUAUCAACACUCGUUCAGAACUGCAUGUUUUGGACGGGCACUCCGCCGCAGUACUAGAUGUUCGCUUCAACCAGGACAUUGUUGUUUCAUGUUCGAAGGACUGCAAAAUCAAAAUCUGGAACAUCCACACCGGGAAACUCAUUCGCACUCUUGAGGGACAUCAUGCGGCAGUUAACGCGGUGCAUUUGCAUGACGGUUUGAUCGCAUCUGCCUCGGGUGACUGCGUCAUCAAGUUGUGGGAUGUGGCAACUGGCCGAUGCCUUCGAGAGUUUGGCGGACACACGCGUGGCCUCGCUUGUGUGCAGUUCGACGGCACAUAUCUCGUCAGCGGUUCCAACGACUUUACGAUCAAUAUAUGGAAUGCGCGGACAGGCGAGUGCCUACGAAAACUGGAGGGUCAUACUGACCUGGUCAGGACCCUCUGCUUCGACCGGAAACGGAUCGUGAGCGGGUCUUACGAUCAGACGAUAAAAGUGUGGGAUUUCGAGACCGGCAAGCAGUUACUGGAGUUGAAAGGCGCCCACAGUAGCUGGGUCUUCCAUGUUCAAAUGGACGCCACAAAGAUCAUCAGUUCCAGCCAGGUAGGUUUGCCUUAAUUCGUCAACAUUUAGUACAUUGCAUACUGACUUUCUCUACGCGCCCCUCUAUGUUCCCGCUAUUACAGGAUAAGAAGAUCGUCAUCUGGGACUUUGCAUCGGACAUUCCAAACGCUGUUGAUUUUGUCUAGGGUUACAUAGUCUUCCCGGCGAUAUGCUUCAUCGCGUUCGGACUUCCCUGGUGGGGAAUAGGUGCUUAGGUUAUAUCCCUCCCCUUACCUACACCUUGUUCUCCUUCCGCCGAGGUUAAGCCCGCUCUGCCCUUAUAUGUGUUCCGUGUUUGCCUAUCUUUCUCUUCACUGUGCUUUCUUUUUUGGAAUUCAAUUGUUCCGUCGUACGCGGUCGCGGUUGGUUUGUCAUGAUCAACAUG